AAGGCAGCAAAAAUAAUUGGAAAAAGAAUGCUUGCGAGCGAGGGAGAGAGAGAGAUUGGGGAAAAAUGAUAAUAGAAAAGUAGAGAAUAAAAAGAGACCGGAUGUUGACAAAUAUCGUGUCACUGUUCUUAGAAGGUCGUUUGUUUGUGUAAAAAGAUUUCUUAUCUGGGAUCUCUCUGUCUCUCUCUUACAUAAAUAAAAAUAACUAUCUUUUCUACCUUUGUCUCUCUAAGUAUCAUUUUUUUUUUCCUCCUUUCUUUCCUCUUGUUGUUGCUGUUUCCUGGUGUUCUUGUUGUUGUUGAGAGAGAAAGUGAGACUUAGGGAUAUAGAGAGAGAAAGAGAGGAAUAGUGGCCCAGCAGAUCGAAAUCUCCUUUUAUUCAAUUGAGAAGAGACGAUCUAAGCCCUUUCAAUGGAGUUAGAGCAAUACCCACUCUCUGUUUUUGCUUUUCUUCUUGUCCUUUGAGCUCCUUCCCUCUCGUUUUCUUUUCUUCUCUCCUUACGUUUCUCUGAUAGUGCCAGUCUCUUGUGAGAGAGUCUUGUAAUUUUUCUUUGUCUGAUGUAGAAGUUGGGACUGUCGAAUGAUUGUAUGCUUGUAGGAUUCUUGAGUUGAAAUGAGAUAAAAAGAGGUGCGGGUCUGAGGUAAUAUUAAUUUCUCUUAUGAGUACUUUGAUUUUGUUCUUUUCUAAUUAUAAUGUUUUUUUGGGUUUAAUUUGUUUUGUUUAAUGCUUUUGUCAAUUGGGGUUUGCUUUAAUAUGUUCUUUUGGGGAUGGGUUUCGUAUCUCUUAUCAGUUUGGUGAAUUUGGGUUGAGGGUUGAGGUCUUGUGGGCAAUUCAGAUUAUGCAUUUCUGGGCGCCUGACUUAGUUUCCUUUUUGUGUAUGUUUGUUUCUUUUGGCAGCCUUGAUUGCCAAUAGGAUUUGGUUAUGUGUGGGGUUUUAGAAGUUUCUGUUGUGAAAGCUGGGGCACUUCUACUGCUCAUAUUUGAUAGUAAUCUUUUGUUAAUUAAGAUUGUAUGCUUGUAGAGGAUCUGUCUGUUCACACUGAAAUGUCUGAUUUAUUCUGUAUAUCAGGGAUUUUUCUGUCGUCUUAUAGCUUUGAUAUUAUUGACUUGAGUGCCGGAAGUAAUGGUUUCUAUUGUGUUCUAAUUUUGCUCCCUUAUUAGGUUUAGUGAAACCAAUCGACUAACUAGGUUGUCGGAACGUCUCAACGUUUCUUCCCAUAUUCAGAUUAAGGUUUCUGAUUGUAAUGUAUAUGGUCACUGUUAGCCUAAUCAGUUCCCUUUAACUGUUUUAGCUUGUUGAAGUAGGUAGAUGAUUUAUGUCAGCUAAACGUUGAUAGUUCACCCUGGUUUUGAGCUGUGUUAGUUGUUAGUUAGUGUAAUUUAACCAGAUUAUCAGAAAGGCAAAUAGGCCUAGUUUCCCGACCUGUCACACCAACAAAAUUUGUAAGUUCUGUUGGUUGUUAAUGUAUGCUGCAUUUGGAACAGUUGUUAUCGAAUCAUCCGGAUUUUAAGAAAUCGCUUAUGUGUUUGUGGAAAUCGAACAGUAGUGACUUUCAUAAGGAAGUUACCUAUUUGAGUUUAUAAACUUAGGAAUUUUUAAUUGGGGGUGAAGUGAAUUUCAGAUGGGAUAAAAAGAAGUUCAGUUACAUAACCAUAAUAUCUGUUGGCCAUGUUUUUUUUUUUUUUUUUUUGUGGCAUCUGUUGGCCAUUUUUCUCUUGGCUGUUGCGAAUUUCUUGAACACAAGUUGUCUGGAUGUUUGGGUACUCCGGCGGGCCCAUUCCCACAUUGGAACCAGCCCUAGAGAAAGCAGGAGAUUGUAGGGUUACUUAUACAUGAUUUUUGAGUGUCUUUUGGUUUGUUCAUGUAGGUUGUUCUCCAAAAGCUUAUGGUGGUUGGAUCGAUAGCCUGUAAAAUAGAACUCAGGUUAGCAUAAACGAAGUACUUGUUUACUAGAGUUCAUAAAUUCUUUGAAUUUGAAAAGAGUCAGCAGUUCUGUGGCUUUGCAUCAGUUUCCAGUAUCAUACACAUAUCUCCAACAGGCUUCUCUUCCUUCUUUCUUAUGAAAUCACAUACUGUCUUUUGAGGAAACUAUCCUGUAUGCAACUAAUAGUUUCUUGUAAUGUAUUUGACAUUCAUCACUCCUUUUUGUCUACUGCCAGGAAUGGGAACCAAAGUGCAGUGUGAAAGCUACUUUCCUGGACAUUUUCAAAUGAGGGAUCUUAGUGAUGAGUCUAACAGUUGUAGCUGGCCCCUAUAUUAUGGAGAUAAAACCUUCACAAAUGGUCAGUACUACAAUGGUUUCAUGCCAAAGGCAAUCACGGACACUUAUUCAGGGUAUGAUAAAGACUUAGUAAAGAGGACAAUGCUCGAGCAUGAGACCAUAUUCAGGAACCAGCUGUACGAGCUUCACCGCCUCUACAGAAUACAAAGGGACUUGAUGGAUGAAGUUAAAAGGAAGGAAACACCACAGAAAAGUCGAGUGCAGGUCGAUGCAUCACUGUCAUCAAGCCCCUUAGCAUCUCAAGUUACACCUGAAGAUGCUAGGAAAUGGCAUAUCCCUAGCUUUCCACUGGGAAAUUCUGUUUCUGCUCGGCCAUCUACUUCUGCCAUUGAGAAUAUUAAUUCACCGUUAAGUUCCGUCAGAGGAAGCAGCACAUAUGCCAGUCCCUUUCCAUAUAAGAAUGGUAGUACUUCAAAGGAUGUUGAGAUAUUGGAGUCGAGACCCACAAAGGUGAGGAGAAAGAUGUUCGAUCUCCAGCUUCCGGCCGAUGAGUACAUAGAUACUGAAGAAGGGGCACCAAACAAUGUGUCUGGAAAAGCAAAUCAGCUGGUCAAGGGAAAUCUGAGUAAUAUUUCCAAGAAUGGUUUCAGUCAGAAUAAUUGCCAGGAUAAUGGUUCACUGUCUGAAUCAUGUUUAAGGGGCAAAAUUAGUAUGGCUGAUUUGAAUGAACCAAUUGUGAUUGAAGAAACUAAUCCUUCUGAACAUGUUAGUAUUCUUGGUGAUACCCCUUUCCAUGGGGAGGUUAGAGGUACAGAUUUGGAUGGUAAGCAGAAGUCACGACUCAGAGGUUCUCCGGAUGAGACACCUCAUCGUGGGAGUGAUAAUGGGCCUUUGACUAGACCUGAUCAUCAGAGUAAUGGAAUUGGGAAGCAGUGGUUGACUCAUGUUGAUGAAGCAGGACAUGCUAUGAACAAUCUCAAAUCUGUUUCUGAGACUCUUCAGGCCGAAAGGUUCCCGUCAUCUUCUCGGUCGAUGCAGGCCCUACCCAACGACAGAGCUCUUGAACCUCCAAACUUUUCAGUUACUGAUCAAAAGAAGAAUCAGUCGAGAGAUAGAAGCAGUCAUGGUGUAGACCUUUCAGAAAGAAGUCCUGAUGAUUCUAAUAAUAGUUGUCACCGAGCGGUUAUUGCUUCCGGUAUAUCCAAUCCAUAUCUGUUUGCACCUGAUUUGAGCAAGUCUUGGUCUCACUCUGCUUUGUCUUGGGAAAAGCCUACUGGAAUCUUGAACCAGAAUGGUAUCUCUGUUCAAUUGCAUCCUCAUUUGAAUUCGUCAUCUGCAACAUUGAGUAAGAGUUCUCAGUCAUCAACUCAAAGCAAUGGGAUAUUUGGAGAUCGAUGGAACUGGAACAACACCAGCUCUACAUCUAACCAUAAAUAUGGGAAUGAAGUGUCUAACCGAAAUGGAUAUUACCACGGAAUUUCUACAGGGUUGAAGGAACUACAGUUUUCUAUUCCUUCAGGAAGUUAUGGCCACGUGAACUGUGGUACUGCUGACAAUGCAGCAGCUCAAGAGCAGCUAAUCAAUCAUGCUUCAGUUAAGUUCUAUCAGAAUUCCAGUUACAUGGAUUUGAAGCCCAUUAAAGAUGUGAACUUGAAUGUGGCAAUAUCAAAUGGGAUAUCAAAUAAGGAGGCUACUCGGCACGGUAUUGAGAGCAUAGAUUUGGAAAGAAAGGAUGACGAAAAUCUCUCUUCUUUGCCUUGGCUAAGGGGUAAACCGACUUUCAAAAGUGAGGCAUCUAGUACUGAGAUGGUUCUCAAUGCUGGGAAAUUGAGUUUCUUGGAUUCCACUCAAAAUCUCACAGACAAAAGUUUUAGGGGUUCUCUUCAUCCUGUCUGGCAGGGUAAGAAAUUAGCUUCUCAUUCUAUUAAUCCUGAUGCCACUAGGAUUGAAGUUAGGGAGUCCGCUGCUUGCCGAAAAAUUCUUGGUUUCCCCAUUUUUCAAAGUGCACAUGCUCCCAAGACAGAGUCUCUGUCUUUCACUUCUCCUUAUUGCUCCAUUGCUACUCCAUCCGAAACAGAGGCAGGAAACAAGGUAAAAAAUGUACUGUUCGAUAUGAACAUGCCCUUUGAUGAUCUGGUAGCUGUUGCUGAUUUUGCUCGGAAGGCCUCUGAUGAAGUCGAACUUGUCAAUAAUGGGAAAGAUACCAAGAAAGUUUCCAACGUCAGAUGUGAGAUUGACUUGAACUCUUGUGUAAGUGAAGAUGAAGCUGCUUUACUCUCUUCCGUUCCUUAUUGCAUAGAGAAGACUGUUACAGGAAUAGACUUGGAAGCUCCAAUAGUUCCUGAGAUUGAGGAGAAUGUCGAAUGCAUAGCAAAGGUUGGUAAAGAACCUUCAUUAGCAAGCCAUCAAGAAUCUGAAAUACAACUAGAUGAAUUCGUCAGAGUAGCAGCUGAGGCAAUAGUUUCCAUCUCAUCAUCGUCUGCCCCCCAAGAUCGAGCAGAAAGUGCUAGCUGUACCCUUCAUUGGUUUGCAGAAAUAAUCUCCUCUUGUGGGGAUGACUUGGAAAGCAAGUUUAAAGCUCUCUCCAGAGUAGACAAUAAUGAUUUGUCUUCCUUUGAAGAAUUUGAUUACUUCGAGCUGAUGACUCUAAAAUUGACAGAGACCAAAGAAAAAGAUUACAUGCCGGAGCCUCUUGUCCCAAAAGAUUUGAUAUUGGAGGUGACGGGCCCCAGCACUGUGGUUCCCACUAAAUCACGAAGGGGUAAUGCGAGGAGAGGAAGGCAGAGACGGGAUUUUCAAAGGGACAUCCUUCCUGGGCUUGUAUCUCUUUCUAGGCAUGAGGUAACUGAGGAUAUUCAGACGUUUGGUGGGCUAAUGAGAGCUACGGGUCAUGCUUGGCAGUCGGGAUUACUGAGGAGGAACUCGACUAGAAGUGGGUGUGGAAGAGGAAGGAGGCGGUUGGUGGUUAGUCCUCCUCCACCUCCAACGCCUCCGGUGGCGGUGGCUGUAAGUCCGCUAACCCCUUGUGCUCCGCUGAUUCAUCAACUGAGUAGUAUUGAAGUGGGAAUGGAGGAUAGAAGCCUAAGAGGUUGGGGAAAGACAACUAGGCGCCCACGCAGGCAAAGGUGCCCAGCUGGUAAUCUUCCAACUCUCCCUGUGACCUAAAAUUACAAAUGAGAGGCCUUUUUCGCCUUGUGAAAAUUCUAUAAAUGGAAAAAAAGCAUUGGAGUGGGUAACAUUUUUCUGCUGGCUCUCCGGGGAUUGAGUUUUCUUGUGAUCAACCGUGGGGAUUUCCUUGUACAUUCCUUAGCCCAGAAUCCCAGGUCUCCUUGGCUUCCUUCCAUGGGUGACUUGCCACCAACCUUGUACCACUUGUAAAUAAUGUCAGCAUUCAAGAUUCAUACUACCAGGAUACAUUUCUGAGCAGUAGCAGCAGCAGCGUAGUUUGGUUUGAGUCAGCAAAGAGAGGGAAAAGCACCAUACUUGGUUUCUCAAAGAGUCAUCAUAAUCUCUGGUGAUAGAGAUAGAGAAAGAGGGACGCAGUAUAACUGCUUGUGAUUGAUUGCAUUCUUCUUCGAUUCAAGAGGGCAAGACAAACAAAGCUGACAUUGUUUGUAAUAACUGUAGAUUCCUUAGAAUGGCUACGUUGUUUUUUCUCUUUUCACUACGGGUGUUCAGUGAAUUAUGGUUCUGCAUAACAGAGAAUGGAUGAGGAAAGCUUUUCAGCCUGUGUUUUAUUUUGGGCGCCAACUUGACAACUACUAGAGGAUAAACCCACCAUAAAUAAAUGACAGAAACGUGU